ACCAACUGCAUUAACACCUUUUGCAAUUCGGAAUUUCCGAUUACAGUUUAUGCAUUAGAAAUCAAAUCCCACAAAAAAUUCAAAAUCUUAAACUUCAUUCUACUGCUUUGAACCUCUAAUUUGUACUAUUACGUAGAACUUUAUUUAUUUUUUUUGGUUCUUCAUGGGUUGCUCUUCGUCUGUCCCAGAUCGGAGUUCCGGGAGGUCGACUGGAGUUAACAACGGAGAGAACUCUGAAGGUCCUGAUGCUAAAAAUCUGCGUGUAAAGCUGGUCUUGUUAGGUGAUUCUGGAGUUGGAAAAAGUUGUAUUGUUCUGCGCUUUGUCCGGGGCCAGUUUGAUCCUACAUCCAAGGUAACCGUAGGAGCUUCAUUCUUGUCACAGACAAUAGCUUUGCAAGAGUCAACCACUGUUAAGUUUGAAAUAUGGGAUACGGCUGGACAAGAGAGGUAUGCUGCACUGGCACCUCUGUACUACAGAGGAGCGGGAGUUGCAGUUAUUGUGUAUGAUAUAACUAGUCCUGAGUCUUUUGCCAAAGCACAAUAUUGGGUUAAGGAGCUACAAAAGCAUGGGAGCCCAGGUAUCUUGAUGGCUUUGGUUGGUAAUAAAGCCGAUCUUCAAGAGAAACGUGAAGUCCAAGUCCAAGAUGGCAUUGACUAUGCGGAGAAGAACGGAAUGUUCUUUAUCGAGACAUCUGCCAAGACUGCAGACAAUAUAAAUCAGUUGUUUGAGGAAAUCGCUAAGAGACUGCCAUGGCCAUCGUCGUCGUCGUGAUCGGGGGACGGUGAUACCGAAUCAACUACCAGGUAUUUUUAAUGUUCUGGAACAAGAUUGUGAAUAUGUUCUACGUUUUCUUAGUCUGUGAUGCAACACUGAAGCUGAUUUAAGAACACAUUCAGUUGUGAGUUGCCAUUAUCAUCCCUUUAAAAGAUUGGUUGCAACUAUGAAAUAUCAUUAUAUUUGACAAUUAUGACAUGUUUCAC